AUGACAGUCACACCAACACAGGUCAGGUGUUGGGAGGCAGGUUGUGUGAGGUUGGGUAGGUCGGCAUUCAGGUUAUGCAAGAAGGUAGUGAAUAGACUAAACACCGCCCAUCAAGUGUGUACGGGCAGUGACUCCCACUUCACCGAUUGAAGUGUGGAUUAAACGAAAAGACGUCUUUCUCUGACUGUCUGCGGGACGUUCACGUUCAUGAUUCCCAUUAUUAAACUUGCAUGAGGGGACUUUUUACAGAGGAACUAAACCACCGGAUUUGAGGCAGUACAAAUGUUUGAUCUAAUGUGUCGGAUUGGGCCUCUGCUUCUCCUGGGAGGAUUCGUGCUGCCAGGGAUACGACAUGUCAGUGGAAUAGAUAUUUACACUCAAGGAGAGGUGCAAGUGGUCAACGGGACAAAUGUGAAACUGAAGUGUACCUUCACCUCCAACCACCCAGUGACGCCCCAGUCAGUCACAGUGUCCUGGAACUUCCGCCCCAUUAAUUCAGCAUCAGAUGAGUCGGUGUUUUACUACCAUGAGGUACCAUAUCCUCCCGUGGACGGGCGUUUUAAAGACCAUGCAGUGUGGUCGGGAGAUAUUAUGAAACGGGACGCCUCCAUCACCUUGCAUGAGGUGCCUCCGAACUUUAAUGGUACCUUCAUCUGCCAGGUGCGUAACCGCCCAGAUGUGCACGGCAGUAAUGGAGAGACUGUCCUCAAAGUCGUCAACAAAGUUUCCCUCUCUGAGAUCGGGGUCCUGGCGCUCGCAGUCGGAGGGGCCUGCGGUGUAAUCCUGAUCCUCCUCGGUAUCUUUGUGGCAGUGAGGUACUACAGGAAAAGGAACAUGGAAAACGACAUUGAGCUGCACCCACAGGAGCGCGAGUGGAAGGACUCGACUGUGUGUACACUUGAAGAGGCAGUUCAUCUGAAAGUUGUGGAGAAGAAGAAAGAAGCUGAGAGUUCAGAUGAUGAAGAGUCCGAGCCCAGCAGUGGAGAUGAUGAAGAGGAGGAAGGUGGCGUUGAUGAUGAUGAUGAUGAUGAUGAUGACGGCGAUGAUGACGAUGGUGGUGAUGACGAUUAAAUUGGCACUCUAUUGAUUAGAAUCAUCUUUGCAGCCUUUUUGGUAUUAACAUGGUUUAAAUGUUCAGAUGUAAUUUAUUAUAUUUUUUCAGAGUUCAGGGCAUCACUAACAUUUAAUGUUAAAGAACUGUUAUUCCACUAGUUUACAUACAGUUGUUUUUUUUUUGUUUGUUUUUAAAAGGACCAAAUUCAAUGCAGCAGAACCAUCAUCAUCUCUUUUUUUUCUUUCUUUCUUCUUCCUUGUAAUAACCCGCAGCCCACAUUUCCCACAUACAAUUCAAACGCUCACAGUUCAGUUGGAGAUUCAGUUGUGUUAUGCUAGUAGCAGCGCUAACGAAGUUUCGAGCCGCUAACCUCAGGCAGAGAUGAGGAGCAGGCUACAGCAGUCUGGCAGGCUCACUGCUUUUCUAACUCCAACCAACCAGUGCUGACUCAAGUGAUAUCACAUGUGGACAUUUUUCUGUAGCUGUGGCAGUUCACCUGAAGCCCUGUAAACAGACUUUAAUGUGCAAAAUCAGUGCAGGUCCACUUCCUUAUUUACGUACGUAUGUGGACCGAUGGGUGUGAGUUGUAACUGUAACUUUGCUCCUUUGUGCUAUUUUGACCACAUUUCCAUACAGCUUCUGCUGGAAAUGUAUUGCCUCAGAUCAGUGUGAAAAUUCAGGAAUUUUCAUGUCUAAAUGGACAAUAGAUUUUUUAUUUAUCUUUGCUACACAUAGUGUUUCAUAUCUGCUCCACUGCCACAUCAACACCCACUUCCUAAAAGCACCAGCUGAGUAAACAAAACCAAACUUUUGUCUACUCAGCUGUUUCCCUUUAACUGUAUUAUAAUGUGUCUUUACAGAGGGUUUUGAAUGUUGUCGAGGAAAAAGUGAGAGACUGGUUGUUGAGAUAUAUGAGCGAUAAACAAAGUAAGGUGUUUACAAGUGUUUUUUUUUUUUAUUUUGAUAAUGUACAUAGUGUAAAAUAAGCAGAGAUUUACACUUUAAUCAAGUCCUGAAAUGUUGUCACAUGUAUCUUGGUUUAAAAUAAAAGGACCGUUUUUGAAAUUA